AUGAAUAAUGCAUAUUCCAUAUUCAAUAUAGAACACAUAAUCAAGUAUAAAUAUGUUCCUUUCUCCGUCGGAAAGCAGAGUAUGAUGGAAAGAGGGCACCUUCAAAUGAGGGCGAAAGAUAGUUUGAUCGAUCUUUGUCGUAGUAAACUCAAGUUCAGUGUCAAUAGUCAACUUAUUGUUCACUGUGGUUCAACAUGCAUCAAAAAAGAUUUCGUCUCAUUGAGAGAAAAGAUAGGUGUAGAUGAUUUGGUCGAUCAUCUAACAUGCAAUGAAAUUAAUCAAAGCUAUACUUGUUGGACUAAGCAUGGUGAGAUGAGAAAACAAUGUCCUGAUAAAAAAAUAUAA